AUGAGCAAAGAAGUUAUUGAAGAAGAAAAUCAUCUCACCGUGACUCCUGACCGGCGCAAUGUAUCAGAGCUCUCGGGGGCACCAUCCUCUCCAUUGAUGAUUGAGUCACCGAAGAUGGUUAAUAUACACCAAUUUAUGACCGACCAAUUGGACGAUAGCGAAGUAGAGAGUCAAAUGCCUUCUUUGAAGAACUCAGAUAUGAUGAUCGCUGCUGAGAUUAUACAGGGAACAUAUGAUGCGAUUGAUUUUAAAGCGUAUGCCAACUUCAUGGGCGCGCAGCAUAACUCACAGAUUCUGACUGCGUUCAUUAGCAUGCUAAAACCAUUUCCGAACUCUUUACUGCUUUCACUGAGGGCUUUGGUGAGCAAAAUAUACUUUAUUGCGGAGGCCCAAAAUAUUGAUCGCAUUUUGGAAGAAUUGAGUAAGCAAUGGGUUGACCACUGUAACUCACCCGUGUGGCAUAACCACUACAAGCUUUGCCACAUUGUACUUUUUUCCCUGCUAAUUCUGAAUUCAGAUUUGCAUAAUGACGAGAAUUCACGAAUCAAUAUCCCAAAAUUUACUUGUAAUAACUUUGUUGAGAAUACACUAUUUGCCUUGAGGAAGGAGGCAAGAGUCAAUAACUACUCUAUUGAAGAGGAGGAGCCAUUGAUCAUGGAAGAGUUAACAUCAUAUUACAGUUCACUUAGAACCGAAGCACUGCAACUAUUGAUAAAACUAUCUUCAAAAUUAGCUUCUAAGCAUAAUUCAAGAUUGUUAUUGAGAACUGAGUCCAAACUCUCGAAUGGAGGCCGUCAAUUGGGUAAAAGAAACUCAAAGUUUUCUUUAAGAAGUGAAACCUUAACCCCCGUAGAUUCAUCAAGCUCAUCAACGUAUAAUUCACUUUAUUCAGAGUCGACAUUGGCUCUAAAGCAUGAAUCUCAUUUCACAUCAAAUUGGAGAUUUCAUCACAAUGAACCCUUAUCUAAAUUAUAUCGUUAUGAACCAGACAUUGAUAAAGUACUGUCAAAAAAGAAUGGAUCACUCUUCUACAUGGAUUACUCUAUCAAGAUAAGUGACAAAGACAUGUCACAAAGUGGUAAUACCAACGAGAAACCGCAAGCGACUAACGAUAAACAUGGUAAUGGGAGGCUUGAUUUAUUUCGUUGGUUGAAGAAGACAAAAAAUAUAACCAACUUUAGAGAAAAAAAAUCGGUAGCUGCCUUUUUGGAAGAUAACACUAAAUGGGUUCACGCAAGAGUACGAGUUUUCGAAGGCAGAAUAUACAUUUUUAAAUUGAAGGAUUCAUCCCGAAUUCCCGAGAAUGCUACAAUGGAAUAUUUGAAAAAGCAGAGUCCAAAAUAUAUCGUGUUUAAUUUGGUGGAAGCGCUAGCAUUCGUUGUUCAAGAUAAUAUAGUUCAGUGCUCCCAAAAUAAAAAUUUAGGGACACAACAUGAGCAUGUAUCUGGAAAUUUUACUUUGACAAUACCUACAAGAUUAUAUCAGGAAAAAGUCGUAUUGGAAUUUCAAACUAGUACGUUACGUCAGGCCGAGAUGUAUGUCAAUAGUAUCAACUUUUGGGCAGCAAGACAAGCUCCAGUGCCUAAGGCGCAGUUUGAGCUCGUUUCCAAUGAAGAAUAUGGUUGGAGUGAUAAAUUGUUCACUUCCAACUACGACGUCGAAAAACUUGACUCAAUGUAUCUGAGUGCAUGGAAACCACUGCUUUCUAUUGGUGCCUUAUAUGAAGCUCUGUAUGGAGACAUGACCGAGGAGGAUCAAUUAGAACUUUUCAGCAAAAUAUCCGAAUUAGAGACAUUCGCAGAAGAAAUACAAUUCAGGAUUGACAGACAUAAUAAUAACAAGUCAAGGGCCAUAGCACUUUGGAGGGACUCUAAACAAUUCGACGCUGUAAUGAGCAACUGGAAUACCAAGUAUUUAUACCUCAAUACAAUAAAUGAAAGAAACAAAGCUUAUUUAAAAAGUCUCAGAAUGGUAAGAACGGAACUAGGCGAGGACACAUGA